ACCAGGAAGUUCCUGAGGGACAAAACCGACUUUAACUUCACUUUUACAUUUUAUUUCGUUUUUAAUAAUCUUGUUGUGAAGACUACUUGGAUUUCGCUUUAUGAUAUAAUAUUUGGUUACAUUUUACGUAAGAAACCUUCGGUGUUAUCGAUAGGCAACAUUUUUCAAUGAAGUCACUGUCUCAUCCUAGAAGUCUUGUCCCAGACGUAAAUAAGGAAGUAUGCGAAAUUGAAACUUCUCAGGAUUGGGAGCUACAGCUGAUUUUAUGCUGUGAAUACGAUCAUUAAAUUCAUGAGGACAUAAACUUGGAGGAAGGCAUUAAGACAGAGAUGAUUCUGUUCCUGUCCCUGUUGAUCACCUUUGUGCCACUAGAGGGCGACACCUCACCAAUCAGCUGCUACAAUGACCAAGGAGAUGCAAUUGAUUGGUUUUAUUUAUACAAGCUGCCCAAAGAACACGGCAGAACGUCUCCCCAGCCGGGCAGUCUGUAUUUACUGCUGGAGAAAGGGAGUGAGGGCUGGACUAAUGGGAAGGGAACAGUGAACGACACCACAGGAGCUCUGGGCAGGACGGUCGGACAGCUGUACUCGCGAGGAAAGAACACAGAGUUAGCGUACAUCCUCUACAAUGACCAGAGGCCUUCCCAGGACUUUGGUGGCAGAUGGUUUGACAACAGCGGCAGCAGAGGGGGGCACACCAAAGGCGUCGUCCUGCUGGAUAAAAAUCAAGGCUUCUGGUUGGUCCACAGCACCCCUCACUUCCCCCCGGUCCAACAGGAAGGACAGUUUUAUUACCCCAACAGCGGCCUGGUCAACGGACAGAACUUCAUCUGCGUGACUUACCCGCUCGACCGCUUCCAGACCAUCGGAGAGCAGCUUCAGAUCAAUCAGCCUAAUGUGUACGACUGUGAUGUCCCCGAGUCCUUGGCGUCCCUGGUGCCCGCUCUGGCUGCCGUCUGUGAGAAGAAACAUCUGCCGGGUCACGUCGCUCCGCACGUCAAACCCGUGGCUAAUCGCAGCGUGACUCUCACCUCAAAGGACGGCACCAACUUCAUCAACUUUGCCAAAGGGGCUUCUUUUGACAACGACCUGUAUCACUCCUGGGUGGCCCCCUUCCUCCAGUCAGACCUCCUGGUGCAGUUCUGGAUUCACUCCACCGGCAUCCUCCCCUCUGACUGCUCGCAGGGCUGGAAGGUCCUGGACAUCAAGGUCAUCAACCCGGGCCAGUCGUUCACCUUCAAGGCCAGCCAGGAUCACUCCAAGUGGGCUGUAAGCCCCAACGCGGCGGGGUCCGGUCCUGGAGGAGGCUGGGUGUGCGUGGGAGACAUAAACCGCAACGAGGCGGAGGAGAAGCGUGGCGGAGGUACGGUAUGUCUGCAGGACCCUGUGGUGUGGAAGGCUUACCGGAAUGCAGCGCAAGAGUGUGAGGCGUGUGGAGGAACAACGAUCCAGUGUUGACGCCCUGCUGGAGCAAGGUGGGUCGACUAGGCUUAAGGAAAGGGCAUCAUGGGUAAAAAGAGGGAGAGUUUAGAAUAUGUGAAUUUUUAUGAGAAAUGUUUGAAAAUAUUUGGCACAAUUUAAGUCAGUUAAUGUCUGGUGAAAUUAAAUCAAAACGACUCAUGUUUGAUACUAAUGUUUCCAAAUACUUGUCACUGCUCUGAAAGCACAGAAAACAAAGAAAUAUAGAAAUAUCUAACUAGAACUGAUGGCGUUCACCAGAAAUCCCAUCACUCAAAGUGAAGCACGAAUCAGAAAUGAUCAAAUGUGUUUUUCAGGGGCCUUUGAGGCACCAUUCACCCGGUCAUUCACUAGUUUAAAAUGGUUACCGACAGUUUCCAAGGGCUUUAACAUCCUCCUCUUCAAACUAAAUGCUCACAGAAAAAAUCGCUGGUGGAGUAGAAAUAGUCCAAACUGACAGGAAAUAAAGUGCUUUAAGGGAUAUGUGGUGUUCACUUUGACAAAUACAAAAACCACAAAGUGCCACUUUUACUGAAAGCCUUUGUUUAAGAGUCUUUAUGACCACUGGGCUCUAAUUAAAGUGAACAGGAGAAACUUUAGACUGUACAAGUGCUGCCUCACAAACUCAAAGUAUUCCUGUUAAAAUCAACAUGAGGCAGAUCUGUGGCUGUGAUCUCAGGGAGCGCACUGAGCGUUGCUGAUUGUGAAUGUACAAAGAGGUCAAAAUGCUCCAGCUACACCUGUAGUAUGAAGAUCAACUCUAUUAACAAAUUAGACUGAUGUGUAACAGCUUGUGGCCUUCAUCAGGGUCAUCAAGAAACACAUUAAAACAUAAUUUAAAUAGGGGAGGAACGAAAUGGAGAAAAAGGUCAAAACAAAUCUAAAAUACUGUAUAAAGACAACCAAUCAAAUACAUCCACAUAUAUAUCAGCCAAUGAUGCUGCAUUCAUGAGCUGCUCGGGUGGUCCAAAUUUCCGAGUUGGGAAGUCGUUCUUCCGACUUCAGUUUGUUGAAGUGAUCUCGGAAAGUCAAAAAAACAGUGUAGACGCUAAGAUGAAAAUCUGUGGAAUGUCUCUGUUAAAAGUUGAUGUGCAAAACCUGAAUUAAUGAAAAAGUAUGUUAACAUUAAAAAAAUAUAUAUUUUGCUCCCCAUGUGAUAACGAUUCUGACGUCAAGCCGGCAAGUCGGGCACCUAUUCUUUCCUGAGUUUCCAAGUGGGCUGGUUAGGUUGUUUGAACUAUGAGGACUAUGACACAAUCAGAACAUGCUCACACUUAUGAGACGACAAUAAUCUACAGACGAGGGUGCUUUAAAACUUGAUGUUUUAUGAAUAUUUCUCUUGUUUACCUGAUAAUUGAUCGUCUUUGCUUUUUAAAUGUAAUUUGAUGUAUCCAGAACCUUCUCAUUGUAAUGUGUCUGAGACGUUCUGGACUUCAUAUCACAUCUACAAAUACACUCAUUCACAUUCUGACAAUGAUUUGCUUGAAAAUAAAGAUGCUGGCUAUCUUGAAUCUUAAUAUAAAGGCUUGAACCGA